AUGACGAUUAAACGCUUGUUCGCGUCUUUUAAUUACAACAACAGAGGAGCUGUGGUUAUGGUUGCUGCAUUGUUGAAGGGCUCGUAUUGCCCAUCCGUCAUCCGUGACGGAUCGGCUGAAUUCCCAUGCCGUAAAUCAAGGAAUCAUGCCACAAUUUACGGCAUGGGAUAUUUAACGGUAGACGGGCUCGACCUAGUAUUUAUUAUACUAUCUCUUGUUAUUAUCGGUUCAGUGGCAUUGUUACCAUCAUCAGAAUUGGCAUCACUUCAAUUUUUGAUUCAACAGUAUGGACAGAGUCAAUUACCUCAAAUGGAUCAAUCCAUUUGUAAUAAAACAUAUUCUGGUUGGGUUUUUUGUACAACCGAUUCAAAUGGAGUAGACCAUAUCUCUGCGGUAUGCAAGUCUUCAAAGAUUAGAUCUACCAAAGUUAACUUCUUUGUUAAUUUCACCGACCAAUGGAGUCCAGAAUGCAAAAUUGGUGGAGAUGAAACAAUAUCAUCUAUUCCUUCUCUGUUCCCAAAGAAUUUACCUGCGCUAUCGGAAUUUGCCAUAUCUGAUAUUCAAGACGAAAUUUAUAGUAACACAUUUUUUAACAACUCUAAUAUAUCGGUCUUAAAAUUUGAUCAAGUUAUUUUUAGUGGCGUAACAAUCGACGAAUCUCUUUAUUUACCAAAACUAACCAAGCUUCAAGGUUUGGCCUUAAUAGCCAAUCCACCCAUUAAUCUAAACUUUCAAUCAAAUUCCUUCCCUUUAUUGGAAUUUAUUGGAUUAGAAAUUGAAGGAUUUCUUAGCGUUAUAACUGUCAAUUCUUCUAAAAUCAAAGGAUUGAGUAUCAAUAGAUCAUUUGGAUCAUCUAAUGUGAUUAUAGGACCAAAUCUAAAUUCUUCAUUGGAAAAUAUCCAAUUAAGUGGUUCAAUAACAUUUACUGGUGAUCUCAAAGAUUGUAUACAUUUAAAAAAUAUAUAUUUAUCAAUGUCAUCAUUAAAUUCGUAUCCUUUUACUGCAUUUCCAACUGCAUUGGAAGCUUUGACAAUUUCAGGUGCAUCCUUUAAUACUAAAUUGCCAACUCUUCCCAUUCCCUCUAAUCUUACUACCUUUAUCUUAUCAAAUAGUGAUUUAGUUGGAAACCUACCACAUACAGUAUUUCAGAAUGCACCAACUGGAUUUAAAUUGGGUCUUGACAACAACCAAAAUCUUGUAGUUGGUGAUAUUCCAGAGUAUUGGUGUCAGUUUGGUAUGGUCAAUGUUGAAAAUACAAUUGUCAACUCUGCUCCAGAAUGUUUUCAAUGUUAUUAUGGUAAUGGUGAUACCUCAAUCAAGAUUGGUACUGCUGCUGCUCCUCAACCACCUUUUACUUGUAAUAUUACAUUUGUUAGAUAUAACUUGGUAUCAAUUAUGAAGAUUGCUUCAGUAUACUUUGGACUCGUAUGUGGUUGGUCCCCCUCGACCAUACAAUUUAACAUUCUACCCCUCGGGUACAAAAAAUGUAACAUUUACAAUGGUCGAGGCUGUUAUUUUAAUUCAUUCCUCACUCACCUAGUACAAUUUACAAAGUCCAACACUAUUUGUACAGUAUUCAAUCAAACAUCAAAUUCUCUUACAUGUUUACUCCCAAAAACCACCCCAAUUUCACCAAACCUAUCUUUGAAUAUAUCUAAUCAAUAUCAUUCAAUCAUUUCAACUGUAAAUUUAGUUUACUAUCCAAUUGUAUCAUCAGCAGAUUAUUUAUCAGAUAAUCAAACAUUGACAUUUUAUGGAUAUUAUGGUCCACCAGAUUUUACACCAUUGAUUGUAACUGUAGCUGGUACUAUUAAUUGUAAUGCUACAUCGAUUAAUGAAACAACUUUACAAUGUAAAUUAGCUUCAACACCUCAACCUGGACCAGCAACAUUAUUUGUCAGUGUUGGAGGUUUUGAAUUUACAUCUUCAAAUUUAUUAUAUUUCCAACCAAAUAAUAAUAAUGGUUCAACAACUGGUUCAACUACAACAAACGGAGGAGAAACACCUCAACAAAAAUGUUCAAGAUUAACAUAUAAUUGUUAUGGUCAUGGUUAUUGUGAUACUAAUGGUAUUUGUCAAUGUGAUGAAAAUUAUAAUCAAAUUGAUAAUUGUUUAACUAAAUAUAUAAAUACAACAAUUAAACCAAAUACAACCAAUCCAACAGUAUCAUUUGAUAUUGAUGGUAUUGAUUUUCAAUUUGAAAUUUAUUCAAUUCAAGAAUUGGAUUAUGAUGGUUCAAUUUUACAAGAGUUGUUAUUAACAAAUCAAACAUGGAAUGUUUCAAUCAAUACUGAUAAUAUUACAACACUUGCCAACUAUCAACUUAUCUUGGGUAAUGAUUCAAUGUAUCAAUCACUUUUGGUAUCUUCAGAUAUAUCAUUCUCAUCAAUUCAACGAAAUGUUACAUUUGGUGAUACUGAAUUGGUUCUUGCUCCAAAUGCAAUCAAGAUUGGAUUUACAAUCAAUGGAUGGUCAUACCAAUCAAACCUUGCAACACUCCGAGUUGUAUUCAAAUCAAUCAUGAAUAAUGAUCAAUCAAUCUUGUUUGAUUGUGAAAAACAAUCAAUUGAUAGUUUUACAAAAGAAGAGUUAUCAGAAUCAAUUCAAUACCUUCGAGUUGUAAAAAAUAAUAUUCAAUUUAAUGGUCGGUUUAUUGAUUUUGUAUUGUCUGAUGGUAGAAAGACAUAUUCAAAAACAGAAUUAAUAUCUCUAACACCAACUAAUGACAAUACCAAUGGUGAUGAACAAUCAAUUGUAUUAAUUGGAAUCAAUCUACCUCAAUGCCAAUCAUGUCAAUUAGAUCCAGAUUUUACACCAUUAUUAAUUGACAAGAAUAAUGAUAAUAAUGAAUGUUCAUCACAAUCAAACACAUGGAAAAUCAUUGUUGGUACGGUAGCAGGAGGUAUUGGAUUAGUAGCCCUGACAAUAGCGACUGUAAUAUUAAUUAAAAAGAAAGUAAAAAGCCAUAAAUAUCAUAAAGAUAUGGCCCAAAAAUUAAAUCAAUUUAAAUAA